AUGCCCCGCAAAGCAGCAACCGCGCCGUCCUCCUCCUCGCGCAAGUCGGCAGGUGUCUCUGCCGCCAUGCCCUCCUCGGUCAUCAUGGCGCGGUCCCAACAGGACCGGUUCCAUUUGGCCACCAUCGACCACCACGACCUCAACAUCCACCUGCGGCAGGUGGGUCUAUCGAUCGGGAACCGGGAAUUGCUCGUCGACGCCGAGCUCAAGCUCGAGUCUGGCGUGCACUACGGUCUCGUGGGGCGCAACGGCACGGGAAAAUCCACCUUGUUGCAGGCCCUGGGCGACGGUUUGUUUGAAGGCAUUUCGGCGCACGUACACGUCAUGUACGUGCACCAGCUGUUCCAUGUGGACAUGGACAACUCGGCGCAACUGUCGGUGGUGGACGUGCUGCUGAGUGGCGACAAGCAGCGCCUCGGUCGGCAGCACAUGAUGGACCUGCUCGAGGCCAGCUUGGAGUCGCAAACAGUGAGCCACGCGCUAAAGCAGCUGGACUACGAAGCCGUCGACGCGGCGAGGGCCAAGAUGGACCGCGUGGCCAUCAAACGAAGCGGCCUGCGGGGGCUCACGGCGCGCAACAAGCUCGUGGCCCUGGAACACCAACUGGCCCAGGCCAAAGCGGCGUGGGAUGACGCAGUACAGACCUCCGUCGACUCGGACGACGACAUUGUGGCCGCCAACAACUGGCUCGAGUCGUUGUACGCCCAAGACGACUUGUCCACCGAGGCGCGGGCACGGGAAAUUCUCGUGGACAUUGGACUGUCCGUGGAGCAGCAGGAUCGGCCGUUCCAUGAACUGUCUGGGGGGUGGAAAAUGCGCGUGUUCCUGGCCCAAAUUGAGUUCCUUCAGCCGGACUUGCUCUUGCUAGACGAGCCGACCAACCAUUUGGACUUGCCGCGCAUCCAGUGGGUAAUGCAUUUCAUCCAGACGCGGCUCCAACACUUGACCGUAGUUACGGUGAGCCACGACCGGGCGUUCUUGAAUGCCGUGGCAGACACGAUCAUUGUCAUGAAGACCAAUAAAACACUCGGGUACUUUGCAGGCAACUACGACACGUUUGAGCAAACGGUGCAAGACAAACAAGUGUUUCAUGCCCGCGUGGAAGCCAAAUUGACUGCCAAAACGGAAAAAAUGGGCAAACAAGUCGCUCAAAUGUUGGCCCAGGGCCGCAAAGCGAACGACGACAAGAAAUUAGCCGCCGCAGCGUCCAAGAAGAAAAAGAUUGACAGUGUCGGCUACGAAAAGAACGACAACGGGCAUCGACUCCGCAUAACCAAGGAAGUCGCGGGGUAUUCCUUCUCGAAGGGAGGCACGUCCCAAGGUGAAUGCAUCGACUUGCAUGUGGUGGAGCCGUGGAGCCUUCCACCGGUGCCCGACGUUGCUACCCACUCCGUGCUCAGCGUCGAGAAACUCAGCUUUAGCUACACGCCAGCGUCGCCCCCGCUGCUAAAGAACGUGUCGUUUAACAUCCACAAGGGCGAGCGCGUCGUGCUGCUGGGAUGCAACGGUACGGGCAAAUCGACGUUGAUCAAGCUGCUCUGCGGAUCGAUUCCAUGUCCGUCGCCUGGCUGCUGCAUCACCGUGCCACCUUUGGUUCAUAUUCGAGCGCUGACCCAAGACAUCGUCGAGACUUUGCAUCACGAGCCCAAGACACCGCUGCAACUGCUGGGCGCCGACACGGAAGAAGCCGGUCGAAAGCACCUGGCGCGGUUCGGUUUACGAGGGGCAUUGGUGAGUGCGGCGCCGGCGAGCACGUUGUCCGGAGGUCAAGCCAUGCGUGUGGCGAUGGCCCUAGUGACGUUCCCCACGUGCCCGCAGCUCCUGAUCCUGGAUGAGCCGACCAACCACCUCGACAUGAGCAGCAUCGACGCCCUCCUACUCGCGUUGAAGACUGGUUAUACCGGCGCCGUACUCGUGAUCUCCCACGAUGUGCACUUUCUGCACGCGUUUCACCCGGACACUGUCCUCUGGCUCACCAAGCGCGGCGAAGUCAAGCCACUGAACGACGUCGACGACUUUCUCAACAAGUACCGCGUCUAGUAUGUACGUACAGUACUAGUACACGUAACUAGUACUUACUACCUGUGAACUCUUGUUGCCUCA